AUGGCCGAGAAUGCAUAUGGCAGCCAGGAAUCGGCAUCGGAGCUGCCUCCGCUGGAAGAGCUGCUUCGCGAAUAUUCCGGCAGCAAAGGCGAGCAGACAAUCAGAAAUCAGGGGGAUCGUGGUGACGAUAUUUACAAUGAUAAAAACACCAGAGAUGAGGAAAACACCAGAGAGAGCAGCACCGACAAGGAAAACGCCAGGAAGAACAGCAUCAGCACCAGCACCAGAAGCGAUAGCAUCAGCACCAGCAGAGACAGCGUCAGCAUCGACGACGACGACACCAGCACUGAAAUGGCCAGCGCAACCAGCCAUGGCAAAGACGACAGCUCCGACGAUCUCGACUUCAUCCCCCCUCUAACAAACACCUCCGCCGCCAUCUUCGUCCCCAUCACAGAGUCCACCAAUCUUCUCUCCCCUCCCCAGUUCGUCCCCGGAUCAUACGAAUAUCAUCGCGCCGCACUCACCAUCGUCACCAAUCAUGAGGCCUCAGUCCGGAACAACAUCCAAGCCUACUACCAGCGCGAAAUGCGCCGCAUCAACCGCGAGGCAGAAGCCCGCGACCCAUCCUUUGACUACUUCACCGCCGUCGCAGAAGUGAGGAAACAGCAUGAACCCGCGCUAAAGGACGACUUGGACAGCAUCAUUGCAAAGAUGCGCGAGCGCGACAAUCCCGCCACGGACUACAGCGUCAAAAGCGUUCCCUUGCCGGACAUGGACAGAGUGCCCAUAACGUACGUGCCGCUCAACUCGCCACGGGAAAUCGCCGCCAGGGGCGUAAUGAAGGUCAUUGCUGCUGCCACGCAAGAGAUUUCUUCGUUCGACUACCAUGUUCGUGGCAUGAGCGACGCCAUCAAGGUGCAGAUGCAGGCCGCGGCCUUGAGACAGAAGCAGCAGCAGGGUCGGAUGGACGUCGACUAG